ACCGCGCCCAGCCUGUUUAUUUUAUUGGUCUCUGUCUACAGACACAGAGCCCGCACAGGUUCCAUUUUACUCACAACGUUGUGGCCCGGGUUCAUCGCCAUCCUGCUCCACGCUGUCAUAAUCCUCACGCAUCCGCGCUCGGGACCCCUCUUCUAUAAUGAACAUACACGAGAUCACCAAAAAUUCUCCCUUUCUCUCACUGUUCCUCCUGAGUUGGGUGGGGGACUCCAAAACUCGUAGCUCCCGCCCUCCAACACCACUCUACCCCAUUUUCGCCAUACUCACCGGAGCCAAAGCCGCGGCCCUUCCGUUUUUUCGCUUUUUCUUUCAACUUGUGAAUGCUCUCUACAGCCCCAGAAGAGAAAAGAAUGAGUAACAAUGACAAGAGUCAUUUGUAACAACUGUCUCUUUCCCAAGACACUACCUGAAAGAGGACCCCAUCGCCUCCUGUCCCAUUCCCUUCCCGGUCCCGCCCCCAUUCCUCCCAAAGGAGGCGGAGCCUCUAAUUCUACACAGACCCGGUUCCCCGGCUCCCCGGCUGUCCUCCUCCCUGCCGGGGAGAAGGGAGGUUAAAUUUUUUUAUUACAGCCUUCUCUCGCACCUUCCCCGCUUCCCGCAGCCGCCUCUGCUGUCCUCACCGUCCCCAUCCUCAUCCAUGGCGAAAUCCUCGCCCCCAGCCUCGUGAAGAUCCAGCACAUCCGCCAUCUUGCCUCCGAUCGAGCUCUCGUCUGUGCCGCUCAAGAACUAGGCACCGCAGGAAACUGUCGCAGAGGAGAAAGGUCGCCAGUCAAACUGACCAAUCAGAGGCGAACUCUAAGCCCCGUCCCCGGCGCGCUGAAUAUACGCAAAUGGAGUCGGGCCUAGUUCGGAACGAUGCCGGAAGUGUUUCUGCAGCCAUCUUGAGAAGGUCGCGAGCUAAAUGCAUCCGGGAGAGUCAAACUAGGGUAUGGGCGGAGUCAGUGGCUUUCUCUUAACUACGGCGGCUCAUAGGAAAUAGUGUGCUGUUAACUGUGAAGCCCUGCCUAGUUUCUUUAUAUUAGAAGGUUGCUUUUCUGUCUCUUCACCUCAAACUAGGAAAUGGAAGUUGAAGAAAGUUUUUUUCUCUUAAAACUUCCAGGCCUGUACCCUGUUUCGAAGAGCAGCCUGAUCUAUGAUAGAAGCGAUUUUUAAAUAAUAGUUUGAUCAGCAAUGCUGGCUCAAAAAGCUUCUGGAACAUACUGCAGCACCGAAUUUCUGCUAAGGAAACUAACAGACGUGAUUGCCGUUGAAAUACGAUUGUCUCCCAAGGUUCCAGUUAGGAAGUGCUGUAAUAAUACUAAAAUCUCGUCUAAUUUUCCUGAUCAACUCAUGCUCUAAUCAAUGUGGAGGAAGAGGAAAGAAAAGAGAGAAAUGAGAUUCUAAGGUUUUUCUUGCUGGAUCUCUAAAUACCAUGGCCAGCCGGGGUGGUGGCCGGGGUCGUGGCCGGGGCCAGCUGACCUUCAACAUGGAAGCCGUGGGCAUUGGGAAGGGGGAUGCUUUGCCCCCACCCACCCUGCAGCCUUCUCCACUCUUUCCUCCCUUGGAAUACCACCCAGUGCCUCUGCCCUCAGGAGAGGAAGGAGAAUAUGUCCUAGCACUGAAGCAGGAGCUACGAGGAGCCAUGAGGCAGCUCCCCUACUUCAUCCGGCCAGCUGUCCCCAAAAGAGAUGUGGAGCGUUACUCAGACAAAUAUCAGAUGUCAGGGCCGAUUGACAAUGCCAUCGAUUGGAACCCUGAUUGGCGGCGUCUACCCCGGGAGCUAAAGAUCCGAGUGCGGAAGCUACAGAAGGAGCGGAUCACCAUUCUACUCCCCAAGAGGCCCCCUAAGACCACAGAAGAUAAAGAGGAAACAAUACAGAAACUAGAGACCCUGGAGAAGAAAGAAGAAGAAGUGACUUCAGAGGAAGAUGAGGAGAAAGAAGAAGAAGAAGAGAAGGAAGAGGAAGAAGAAGAAGAGUAUGAUGAAGAAGAACAUGAAGAGGAGACUGAUUAUAUCAUGUCAUAUUUUGACAAUGGAGAGGACUUUGGAGGUGACAGUGAUGACAAUAUGGAUGAGGCUAUAUACUGAAGAAGGACCCCAAACAACACCCUGGACCCACAUAUGUUUCCUGAUUUGGGGAUACAGAGAGUGACUGUCCCUAUUAUUUGGUUUUAUGGACAAGCAAAUCAUUUGGUCAGAGUUCAGAUAAUCUGUUUGGUCCCUGGAGACAGGAAUAGAGAGUGAUGACGGAUAGCCUCUUUUCUACCCUUCCCUCCUUCCACCUUUGUAGCACCUCUCAUACCUUGGGGAAGGUGCAAAGGACAAAUGUCUCAAUUGUAUGAAGGGAGAAAGAAGAGUAGAAAGAACUGGGGUUGUUAGAGCUGAGGCAGCUGUACACAUACUCCUACGCAAUUUUUAUAGCUCUUUGUGGAGAUAAUUGGAGGUGGGAGCAGUUAGGAGGAGUAAGGCCAGUUUUAUAUUUUUUUUUCUUUUUUUUUUAUUUCGGCAUAUUGUGGGGGUACAAAAGUUUAGGUUACAUAUAUUGC